CUCUCUCUCUCUAACAUUUUGGCGCAUGCAAGUUUCUUCUUGUGGCUUUCAGUGUGCUGGAAAUAGAAGUUCAGGAUGUAACUUUUCUCUGCGGUGGAGAUUAUGCUCUGUCACGAUGCAGCAGGUCGGCGGGAUCCGUGGCUCUUAUCUGUCCAAACUACACUCCGUGAGCGCGCGCUUCAUGCCGAGCUCCCGGUGCUAAUUGAAAGCUCGGUAUUAAAGUGGAACCGCGACCAGAGACAGGUAGAGCUGUCCACUUUCUGUGCAGCAUGAACAGAGUGUCAUGUGUAAGUGUUGUCAUGGUUAUCGCCCUGAUUUGGACGAACCUCUCCGACGGCCAGCUCACACUGGACCACAAGAAGGUUGCUCCUAGACAAGUGGUCGAGCCUCGAAUUUUGGACGAUGACUCUUCUGGAUUGUGGGGCUCUUGGGGUCCAUGGAGUGAAUGCUCUCGCUCGUGUGGUGGUGGGGUGCAGGAGCAAAGCAGGCCGUGCUUACGCACGUACAGCUCUCCGGCCACAGUUUAUUCCUCCAGACAGGGUCCUCACACGGGGCAGCAGGAUCCGAGUAUUGUCAUAUCAGCAUUAAAGCCCUCUGUGCCCGGGCAUCAUGGUAAUAACAGUCCUCAUCCAGAUGCUCAGGGGUCGCACCAUACCAGUCAUGGGGAGACAAGAAAGCAGCAGAGUGAAGCACGGCCCGGGAGGCGGCGAGGCGGCAGCACUCGGAUCAUGCCAGGGAUGUACGGUUACGGGAAGAUGCCAUACGUGGUCUCCUCACAGAGAGAUCCUGGACAACCCGUGUACAGCCAGCGACAGCGUCGCUCACCACCUGAUUACAGAUACGGCAGCUACAGACAGCAGCAGAAGAAGUACAGAAAUACUCAGCAAAGUUCUCCUCAAAAUACCCAUCACAGUAUGAGCCAGCAGGCAUCCUGGGUUCCCCUUCACCAGCCCAGCUCGGGUCUCCGGUCUCAGGGGAAGCCGCACCCUCCUGGCACACUCGCGUCAGAUUUUAGCCAAGCUUCAGCUCCUGGGAGACCUCAUAACCCCCUCUCGCUGCCAGCCUCCUCCUGCUCUGGAGUUGCCAGCCAGUACAAGAUGUGUAACAUGAACCCUUGUCCCCUUGCCAGCAGGAAUAUCAGAGACAUCCAGUGUUCCUCCUAUAACAAUCACCCCUUCAUGGGCCGGCUCUAUGAAUGGGAACCUUUCAACGAAGUUCCUGGAGAACAGCUCUGCGAGCUCAACUGCCGUGCGAUCGGAUACCGUUUCUAUGUCCGCCAGUCGGAUCGGGUCAUUGACGGGACGCCGUGUGGACAGAACGAGACGGCCAUCUGCGUGGCUGGGACGUGUCAGAGUCCAGGUUGUGAUGAGUUUUUGGGUUCAGACAAGGUGCUGGAUAAAUGUGGUGUGUGCGGCGGGGACAACACAGCGUGUCGGCUGGUUUCUGGACUGUUCCAGCACAGCCUGUCCAAAGUCGGCUACCACAAGAUCGUAGAGAUCCCACAGGGAGCCACCAAAAUCAACGUCACUGAGAUGGUCAAGAGCCAAAAUUACCUCGCUUUGCGGAGCCGCUCUGGACGUUCCAUCAUUAACGGAAACUGGGCCAUCGACCGACCUGGAAAGUACGAAGGAGGAGGGACGAUGUUCACUUACAGACGGCCCAAUGAGAUCAGCAGCACUGCCGGAGAGUCCUUUCUAGCAGAAGGGCCGACCGAUGAGAUCCUGGACGUCUAUAUGAUCUACCAGCAGCCCAAUCCUAGAGUGCACUACGAGUACAUCCUUCCUUCUGAGAACUCCGUCAGCGUGGCUACUGACACGGAGGAGGGUAACACAGUGACCGAUGGGGUGGAAUAUGAUCAGUAUGGCAGAAGGCCACCUCACGUACCUGAAAACCAGGUACCGCCUCGCAGGCACAGAGAACACAACUGGAAACUCACGGGCACGACUGACUGCAGCGCCUCCUGUGGCAGAGGAAUCAGGCAUACUGUGUUUGGCUGUGUGCAUCGAGUCACUCACGAGCGUGUGUCUGACAGUCACUGUGACAGCGCUACUAAACCCAGCACACAGGAGGAGCCCUGCAAUGUCCAGCCAUGUCCCGCAUUCUGGGAUAUCGGUGUGUGGUCCGAGUGCAGUAAGACAUGCGGCCUCGGCAUGCAGCACCGACAGAUCCUGUGCCGGCAGUUUUACAUCAACCGCACCCUCACCGUGCCCGCCAAGCGCUGCGAACACCUGGAGCGGCCCGAGAGCAGCAGCACCUGUCAACUGAAGAUCUGCAGCGAGUGGCAGAUUCGCUCUGAGUGGACUUCUUGCUCCAUGCCUUGCGGUGUAGGUCAGAGAACACGUGAGGUGCACUGCGUCAGUAACGUGGGUGAUAUUGUAGAGGAUGAGGAGUGCAACAUGAAUCUUCGUCCCCGUGACAUUGAGAACUGUGACAUGGGGCCGUGUGCUAAGAGCUGGUUCUACACAGACUGGGGUGAGCAGUGCUCUGCAGAGUGUGGCUUUGGCGUGCGAAGUCGCAGCAUUGUGUGUCUCUCUAACCUGGUAAGCAGUGUGCCUCUGGAAGGCUGUGGUACGGAGCGCCCCCCUCAGGCUCAGCCGUGUAACAACGGGCCGUGUGAGAGCCGCACUGAGUGGUUCGCUGGGCCCUGGGGUCAGUGCUCGGCGGAGUGUGGAACAGGCAGCCAGCAGAGGACGGUGGUGUGUAUGAUGAAGUCUGAUGACAGCUAUGCAGUGAUGCCACCCUACGAAUGUUCUUCUCUGGAUAAACCACUCAGCCAACAGAGUUGCACUGUGAAGGCCUGUGGAGCCAAGUGGUACUACACUGACUGGAGUGCAUGUUCAAAGACGUGUGAGGGGGGAUUUCGUGUGCGAGAAGUGCGCUGUCUCUCUGACGAUAUGAUGCCAAGCGAGGGAUGUGAAGAACAGCAGAAACCAGAGGACAAAGAGGAGUGCAACCUCGAUCCCUGUGUUCCACAGAUCGACGAAAAAUGCCGAGACAAAUAUUUCAACUGCAACGUGGUGGUCCAGGCCCGCCUGUGUGUGUAUGAUUACUAUAAGAAGGCGUGCUGUGCGUCGUGUGCGCGUGGGGCACAGAGACAUUCGACACACAGGAGCUACAGAUAGGACGGACCCGAUGGUGAAGUCACCCACGUCAUGCCCUUCACUGGCAGGCGCUAUAAGCGGACACUGCUUACUGCAAGAUGCUCUGCUUUAAGUGCUGUGGACGCAAAGGGAAGCAAAAAUGCAGCGACGUGAUGUGAUGUGAUGUGAUGUGAUGUGAUGCUCUUUAGAAACAGUCCAGAGCCUUGAAUGCACUUUGUACAUCACAUCACUUGACUGAUCUGGAGAUACAGAAAAAGAGCAUGCGUUCAUUUUCACCGAUUUAUUUAUACGUGUAAGAUGACAAUGAUUAUAGUGUGCCAAAUACACUCAACACACGGUGCUUCCUUCGUCAUUAAUUCAAGCUGAAGAAUCAGACAGAUUCGUAUGGAAUUUUAUAGUGUGUGUAUAAUAUUUAAUGUAAAUUCCUUUACCUUGAUGAUGAUGGUGUAGUUCAUUAACUAUGCAGCAAAAGGACAAGAAACUGCGUGACUCCAGUACCUGUGACUCUCGCACUGUAUUUCACUGUCAGAACAGGUUCUACACAUCCAGUGUGGACCACUUCACACACGUUUUCCCUAUACAUUUUUCACAUCAUCGCAGCCUUAGAUUAUAAUGCUUAUACUGUUGUUAAUAAAGUAACUUCACUCACAGUUGAGCGAGCAUUCUGAAGAAAAAUGACGUUCCCAAUUGUCUACUUUGCUUUACGGAAAAGCAGACUUCUGUUUGUCUCUGGAAUCAGGAUGAAGCUCUCCUGUCUAAGAAGUCAGUCGUGGAUAAACGUGAUGAGGAAGGUGGAUGGGAAUUUAUCAUGGCGUGAAAAGAGCGAUUUGUUGUCCAUGUUCAUAGAAAUCUCAGUGGUGUCCUGAAUCUAAAAAUAUAUAUGUAUUUCUCAAGACACAGGUUCAUACUGCAUUGAAGGAAGUUUGCUUCUUUUUUUUUUUGUAUUUAUUAUAGCACAGUACUGUUGAAUUCUGGAUUCUGAUUGCUCAGAAGGUGUUGAUUCAUUUUCCAAAACAGCAGCUCUGACAGUAGUUCCGGCUGCCAGUCACAGGUUUAUAUUAACGUGCUUAUUCCAAUAGGUUAUUAUUUCUAUAAUAAUCGUGUAAUUGUUGAUAUGGUGUUCAGUAAGGAGACUUUAUUUAACAUUUUAUGGAAGGUGUCUCUAGUGUCAGCGUUUCAUCUUUGUCUUAUUAACUCAAAAAGGGGGG